AUGGAGGAUAGCUCAUUCAAGAAGGCUGCGUUCCUAGACGUGCUCCUCGCAAGCAGCGAUCUGUCCCACGACGACAAGGUCACCUUCGUGCUGGACUCCCUGCUCGCAGGCUACGAGACCACCUCUGUUUUGCUGUCCAUGCUUGUGUAUUUCGUCGGGCAUUCCCCCAAAUGCCUGGAGCAAUUGAAGCGAGAGCAUGAGAGUAUAAGGUCCAGCAAGGGUACGGAGGAGUUCUUGACUGCUGAGGAUUACAAGAAGAUGGAGUAUACCCAACGUGUUAUCAAUGAGACGUUGAGAUGCGGCAACGUUGUCAAGUUUGUGCACAGGAGGGCCCUCAAGGAUGUCAGAUAUAAAGGGUAUGUGAUCCCAGCUGGCUGGAAACUCCUGCCUGUCUUGAGCUCUGUCCAUUUGGACCCUGCGCUCUACCCGAAUCCCCAAGAGUUGGAUCCUGGCAGAUGGGAGGGGCUCAACCAGACGGCGGGCAAGAAGUUUGCGCCGUUCGGCGGCGGACUCCGGCUGUUCCCGGGAUCGGAGCUCGGCAAGGUGGAGGCUGCCUUCUUCCUGCACCACCUCGUGCACUGUUACAGGUGGAGGUUGGACGGCGAGGAUGUUCCGAUGGCGCACCCGUACGUGGAGUUCAAGAGAGGCCUGCCCAUAGAGAUAUCGUGCCAGCAGUCUGAUCCGAUCCCUUGGUUCGCCGGGUGGCAGAGACCUAGGCCAGUAGCAUAUAUCUAG